GUUCCAACCUCAAAAACAUACUAAUCAGAGCGGCGAAGAUCCUUUGUGUCUUGCGCCGAGGUACCAGUAGGGCUUACACAAAUAGCGCCGCUGGGGAACCGAACGACGCCUCUACUCCUGUCUCUCCCCACCUCCAGCAUGUCGUCGUAUAGUUUGUCAGAUGGCGUGCCAGACGAGACCCCCGCCGAGCUGCUCGCCGACAGCCUCAAUCUCAUUGGAAGCACAACCGUCGCCGGCACCGCUUAUGGGGUUAUGGUCACCCUCUUCGUCACCUGCGUCUACUACCUCCUGUUAGGCGCCAACCGCCGGAGAAAUGGGCGCAGGACAUGGUUUUACCUCAUGUAUUGCAUUAUCAUGUUUAUCCUUGGCACUCUCAACACCGCAGCGAAUGCAUGGACGCGCCAGCAAGCCUUCGUUACUCACCGUCUGUUCCCGCUUGGGCCGACGGCGUACACGAAUCUGCUGUUCAACGUGCCGAUGGGUAUUAUUGGAACUAUGUCGUACACUACGGCGCUUUGCAUGGCAGACGGCUUGAUCCUAUGGCGAUUUAUUAUGCUCUAUCAAGAUACGCGGUAUCGGCACUACAUCGUCCCUUUUCCGUGUCUUCUUUAUGUCACUUCAGUAGUUAUGUCCUACAAUGCUGCUAUACAUUCGUCAUUAUCCAACUUGUAUUCCAAAGUCACCGUCGAGCUAGCUACUCCGGCUUACUCACUCACUGUAUCGCUCAAUGUCUUGACAACAUCUCUAAUGGUCAUCCGAUUAUAUCUCCAUCGCAGGCACGUUCAAGAGGCCCUAGGUCGCGAACAUGGGUCACAAUAUACCAGUAUUGCAGCUAUGCUCAUUGAAUCCUCUGCACUCUACGCUGUCUGGUCUAUCGUAUUCAUCGUGCUAUAUUCCCUGGGUCACCCAGCUGAAUACGUCUUGUUGACAACUCUGUCGCAAGUGCAGAUAAUCGCACCACUCCUGAUUAUCAUGCGAGUCGCUCAAGGAACUGCGUGGACGCACUCAACACAACAAUCAUUGUUAUCGACAAUGAAAUAUCGCAGCAGUUCCCAAGACAAGACCUUUCGACUGCGGAGAAUGCACACCAACACCGAUACGUUCUCGAGAGCAUCCGCCUCUGUCGGGCCAAUUACUCCGGACGCGAAACACCCGCCUCCACCUUGUUAUCUCCAUAAUCACGAAUCCGUCGUGAAAGAUCGCGAUUCCACCUAUACAUCCCACUAUUGAAACCUUAUUAGCCGGGUGAUCCCUAGUUACGUCCCGGCUAAUUAGCCACCUUAGCCACUAUAUCCG